UCAAACUUGUGUAAAUACAGUUCAGCCUGUUAUUAUUGAUGCACACAACUUCAUUGUGAAUUUAAAAAAAGAAAGAACCAGUAUUGUUACGUUAACGUUGAAUAGUUCAGGCCAUAGCUACAGAUGACGUAAGUUGAAGUUUACCUCCCGAAACUGGAGUUUAAAAGUGAAAAAUAACCACACAAGUGAACUCAAGAAUCCAUGUUUUAAUAUUCAGAUAAUUCUACGAUAAUGCAAUGUGAUCAUCGUUUUAAAAGCCCUUCGAAAAAUUGCAUGCAUUAACGUCAGCGUCAAGUGACGUCAAUUCAACGCUGAUAGCGUAAAUGUUCGCCUUUGAUCGUACUUUCCCCAGACGAGCGUGUAACCUAGGAACAUGAGGGUCUUUCACUGGUGUCUCGUAAUUCUCAUUAUGAUGCACGGAAGCACGGGAAAGAAGCGGCGACACAAGGGAACCCAAUGGUGGUCCCUGGCUCAGACGGGUGAGCCGUCGAACGACCUCUACUCCCCCACCGCCCAAGCCUUUAUACAUUCCUCACCAACACUGUUGCCAUUGACAAAGAAGCAGCGUCGCCUAGUAACCAAGAAUCCUGGCACGAUCGUCGCCGUUGCCAAAGGCGCCAGAAUGGCGGUUGAUGAGUGCAAAUAUCAGUUCAAAGACCGGCGAUGGAAUUGUCCUGUUCAAGAGAACGGACACGGAGGGUCUAUAUUCGGAAAAAUCAUUGAUAAAGGUUGCCGAGAGACGGCGUUCAUCUACGCUGUGACCAGUGCGGCGGUGGCUCAUUCUGUGGCGCGCGCAUGCGCUGAUGGAAGUAUAUUUACGUGCACGUGCAAUUACAAUUUACACCAGCCCCAGGGUGUCGAUUGGGAAUGGGGCGGGUGCAGUGACAAUGAAAACUUCGGGCGGAAGUUCUCGAGGAAGUUCGUCGACGUAGCAGAGAAGGGACGCGACUUCCGGUUUAUGAUGAAUUUGCAUAAUAAUGAGGCCGGACGCCGGCACGUAAAACGUCAGAUGGUCCGCGACUGCAAAUGCCAUGGGAUGUCCGGAAGUUGCACCAUCAAGACGUGCUGGAUGCGUCUUCCCAAUUUCCGGCAGGUCGGCACCAUCUUGAAAGAUCAUUUUGAUGGCGCCUCCAGAGUUAAUCCAGGCAACGAAGGCAGCGCGGACGGCGAAGGUGAUAACAACAACGGCGGCCGUAGAAACACAAAGAAGCCGAAAUUGGAACCCGUCGAUCCCAAUCAUAAGAAGCCAGACAAGAGAGAUCUGGUAUAUUUCGAGGAGUCGCCCAACUUCUGCGAGCCCGACGACACGAUUGGCUUUCCCGGAACUUCCGAGCGCGAGUGUAACUCGACGUCCAUCGGCAUCGACGGCUGUGACCUCCUUUGCUGUGGCAGAGGUUACAAGUCCGAGCCUUACACAGUCCGCGAGCGGUGCAGCUGCACAUUUCACUGGUGCUGCGAGGUCAAAUGCAAAGUGUGUACACGGACAAAAAUACGGAACACGUGUUUGUAAACUUGUAUAAGCUUCGCGUGCGUGAAUAUUGUUUAGUACUUAAACCAGCAAGGGGAGGUAACAAUGUACACGGACAAAAAUACGGAACACGUGUGUGAAAAAUCUUUCUUGAAUUAAAACAUUUGACUUCAAAAAAGAACAUUAUGUAAAUUGUUCUCACAUGCAUGUAAACGCAUGGAAAAUAUACAUGGACUUGAUUGUGUUCUUUGAAGAUUUUUCAGGUUGGAAUAAAACAAUCCCUGACAAGUGAACGCAAAAUGUGCUUUUAAAAACAAUGCGAUUAAUGUUGUCGUGUCAUUAAUCAAGUGCGCAUGCACAUGAACUCCGUUGGAAUUGAAGGAUAUUUAAGCCAUUUAGCAAAUCAACACAAGACUAGAUACAAACUCGUUCUAAGAUUAACGCAAUAGGCAAAAUAGACCUUUCAAGGGAUCUUUUCACGGUUUGGUAAAUUUUUACAAAAUUGAAUAAAGUUGUUUCAGAUUCGCAAAUUUUCGUUUUAGUUAUGAUAUUUGUGAGGAAACAGUAUUACUAAACAUUUACCAUGGUCUAAUAUAACCAAUAUAUGCAUCUGUUGACGAUUUAAAACCCUAAAAAUUAUAAAGCGUUGCAAUGCGAAACGAUUGAAUAAUUUGGAGAGUUCUGUUGUUGUCGUUUAAUUUUGUGAAACUACGAAGAUUGCUCAUAUUAUGCAUAAAAUACUUCAACCAAGUAUGUUUGGCAGAAUAGCUGAGCGGGCUAAUGCGUAUUUACUCCAGGUUACUCUAGGACUCCGGGGGUCAUUGGUUCGAGUCCAGCUGCGGCUACUUUUUUUCCUAUUUUAAAUUUUAUUCUUGAUUUUUUACUGGAGCUUUUCAGAUCCAAUGUUUACAUUUAUCAAUAUAAAGCAUUUAAUGACUUAUUUCAAAACAUGCCAAAAACUGUGAAAAGGCCCCUCAAUUAUUUUUACAUUAGCACGUGUUUCAAAAGCGUACACAUGUCUCAGUGAUAAGCACGUCAGUAAAAAGCGAAGAAGACAUUUCUUAUCCAAUGGGAUUUGUUAUGACGUCCUUUUGACAAUAUGACUUUAAUUAAAUACAAACUAUGAGUCGUGUGUAAUUUACUUGCAGAUGUUUGUUUGCUUCGUACAUUUAUAUAUUCAACUAUAAGAGCAAACAAUUUGACACGAAGUUGCGAUUUGUAAACUACAUCGCGGAUUCGUAGAAGAAAUAAACUUGUGUUCAUGUGCAUAUAUAUAUAUAUAUGUAUUAUUUCGAAUAAACCGUUUUGUUUUCUAGACGGACACACAACCUGAAUUUAUAUACUGCAAUAUGUUUUUGUUCUUGAUUAGUUUAACAUUAUAGUGGCUUUCUGAAGACAUUAUGCCUUUUGAACUUUGAAGCGGCAUUGAAAAGAUUUCGCUGCGAUAAGGAGUUGAUAUUUGGACUUAUCUUUUGUACAUAAUAAUGUAUGCAAGUUACGUUAAACUUGGACUGUAUUGAGGUUAAUACAGAAGUGAAAGACGCAGUAUGAUAAUUGAGUGUUAAAGAGGGAGCAACUAUAAAACAGAAUACGAUCUUUGGGAUGAGGGAGCGUGUGUGCAUUGUAAUGCCCUGAACUACUAAUUGAACGUGCGUCCUGGUUUGACGAUGGUUAUGCUAAAACCAGGAAUAAAAGAUGGUUGUUUCCAAGAAACGUUAAAAGUCAAGGAUGCAUAGCAAAAUGCAGUUUCCUGAUUAAAUAAACGUUUAGUAACUAGAUCGAACUUGUGACGUGUUCUUAAUGUGGCCUUUGUUUAUACUUUAUUACUUACUGCGAUUACUAUGCAUUUAUUCAAGUGCCAGUAUACUUUGCGUUUAGGUGCCAUAUUUAAUAUUUUAUACAAUAUUAUAUGUGAAACGCAGUGGUUUCAUGUAAAUACUUCGUUUUCAUACAAGUCAUGAUUUGGGCAAACUUUUAAUGCCAGUUAAUAUACAGGGCGUUAAUUUUGAAAUGUAGUUAUACAAAUAAUAAUACAUAGCUAAACAUAAACUUUAAACUUUUAACUUUAUGUAUUAUGUACAUGCCGAUUUAAUUCCAGAAAGAUUCAUACCAAAAGGCGUGAAUAUAAGUUGUAUCAACAUCUAAAAUAAGCGGCUCUCGGUUUAAUAACUGUUGAAAGUAUUGAGAGAAUUAUCCCGGAUCAUCCCAAAUAAAUUGACAUAUGAUUAUUAACCCAUUUAUGCAUAGCGUCUAUGCUAAACGAACAAAACAACACAAACGUGAAUUUUCGUCCCUGUUUGUCCUAUGGUGAUUGCACCAUUUAACUGGGACGACACUUAACGCACAUGCAUAACACAUAUUUUUGAUCCACUCAACAACGGUAUUGAGUUACCUGAACACGAUUUAGCUAAUUUGAGAACUUGUUAUGUCGAUUAAGUAUUUUUUUUUUAAAUAAUGUUUCUGUAAAUAGUUAUAUCAUUAUUUAUUGUGUUUAAACAAGUUUAUGUUUUUGUUCUUGUUAUGUCCAUUGUUUUCCCACCUCAUUUUUUGUAAAUAAAUAUGCUGCAUUUUUUAUUUUCCAAAAAACUCACUUUGUAAAAUGCCAUGGUAGUUAAUAUAAAUUGUUGCAAAUUUCCGAAACGGUUUCCAAAGUAAGUUACUUAAAUACUGUCUAAAAUUUACAAAACUGACAUAUGAGAUUAUAUCUUAUAAUGCUUUCUCCACAAAAGUGUUUCUAUUUCUAUUAUACAACAUGAAAUAAAUUUUGAAAUAUGUACUGUUGGUCAUCACACAUAUAAACGCGUAAAGUAAACGUAGAAAGGUAUAUUUAAUGAUAAUAUCUGUAUAUAGCUUUCGGUGUUUACGUGAGAAUUUGUAUAUAUCUUUGAAAGUCGAAAUAACUAAACCUUGUUUUUAUUGCGUAUCGCCAAAUUAAAUUAAACAACGCCAUAGGCAAGCAUACUUUUGUAUCUGUCUUAAUCAAUGACAUUUUUUGGGAUGCCAUAAUUAUGUCACCUUGAAUGCAUGAUUCCUUUACUAAAAGUUGGGUUAAGUUAUAUGUAUGUGUAUAUUUAGUCUCAAACAUUAACAUUUUGACUUCGAUGUAAAAACGCUCUUGAUUAAAUAUACAAAUAUUCUACAUGACAUUUGGUCUUCAUGUCGAGGUUUUGUAUCCUCCCUGGACGCUGUGUCUAUGUCAAUAUUAACCCUUUUAUGCCUAGCGUCCUGAAAAAAGGCCUUGGCAAACAGCGUAGUCCCAGAAAAGACGCCGCAUGAUGCGGCGUCUCAUCAGGGUCUGCGCUGUUUGCUUUAAGGAAUUUCUGUAAGGAAUAUUUUUAAUAUAGAAAUAAAUAUACUAGACAUCCCUAAUUUUGGAAAUAAAUUGAUCCAAUUUAGAAGGAUGGGAGAGUCCAAUAUGAAUAAAUGGGUUAACAUAUAUGACACAUUUAACGUCCCUGUGGUACUAUGACAACAUGGCUGAAAUACUUCACAACAUGUCCUGUCUUUCUUAUUUGAUUUUUUUUUCAUGAAUAUUCUUCAAAUUGUGUCUGAUAUUACACCGGUAAUCAUAAUUAACCCAUUUAUGCCUA